AGCUACAUGACCACCAGAGGAUUUUAGAUAAGAACAUAUCCACCUCUAGAGAAGGAAGGGAUCGUAUUGAUUGUGCAUUGGUUUUGCCUCAUUAUGCGCUUCUCUUCGACGAUCUAAUCCCCACCCACCACAAUAAUUCACACUCCAAACAACAAUGCCCACUACACUUCCAUUCCGCGAUAUUAACCUACUGGUUUCACCCUCUCAAUAUGCUUUCCGCUCUGCUUCUUCGUCAUCUGCACCUACACUGGUUGUAGAGCGUCCAACUGGAGACCUACGACUAGAGAACUCCUCUGCUCAUGGUGCCAAAAGGGUCUCCAGCAUUGCUGGAAUCCUAGGCAUGAUCAAGCUGAAACUAGACAAGUACAUCAUCGUGAUUUCGAAGACACGGCCUGUGGGCAGGCUGCGAGGCCACAUGGUUUAUAAAGUUGUUGCCACUGAAUUUCUUCCUCUGCGAGAGAGAUACCUCCACGACCCGGACGAGGAUGCGUACCUCAAUCUACUUAAACAAUUCCUACGUGCGGGGCCUAUGUACUUUUCCUACUCGCUAGACAUCACCAACAGUUUUCAGCGUCUGUCCCAAAGCGAUCCGUCUCUGCCACUGUGGAAACGAGCAGAUGAUCGUUUUUUCUGGAACAGAUUCAUCCAAACAGACUUGAUAGACUUUCGAUCGGGGGUGAAUGAUGGAACCGGCGUGCGGUAUGGUCAACUAUCGGAUGUGGAUCCUUUCAUUCUCCCUGUCAUGUUCGGAAUGAUGAAUAUAUCUUCAACGAAAAUCAAGUCUACUCAAUUCACCUUUGCACUGAUAACACGAAGGUCCAGGCAUCGGGGUGGCACUCGGUACUUUUCGCGUGGAAUCAAUGAGCAGGGACAUGUUUCAAAUUUCAAUGAAACUGAGCAGGUAGUUAUCCUGAAUGACUCUACUGGGGGAAUGGCUGGAUUCGGUGGUGUUGGAAUGGAAAAUGGAAAGGUUGGUAAACAUGCUGGUAAAGACCUGCAGGUACUGUCGUUCGUACAAACCAGAGGUAGCGUCCCUCUGUACUGGUCAGAAGUCAACAAUCUAAAUUAUACCCCGCUUCUCCAAGUACGUUCUGUCGACUCUGCCCUGAACGCAGCACGAAGACAUUUCUUGGAACAAAUCCGAAUCUAUGGCGAGAAUUAUCUUGUCAACCUGGUGAACCAAAAGGGAAGGGAAGAGAAAAUCAAAAGCAGCUACGAACAGAUGAUACGCGCGUUGGUUACAUCCCCCACCGAGAAAAGAGACGCUGAUACCCUCAGCUCUGAAAAACUCCAUAUCGUCGAGCCAACCCGAGAUGCCCAGGAAAUGGAUCAUCUUCACUAUGUAUACUUUGACUUCCACAGCGAGACAAAGGGGCUACAAUGGCACCGUGCUGAGCUGUUGCUGGAACGGCUUACUGACGGGUUACUAAAAGGCCAAUAUUUCCGUGGAAUCGAAGUUCCUGGCGAUAGUACUGGCUCUUUGGAGAUCCGAACACUACAAACCAGCGUUGUGCGUACGAAUUGCAUGGACUGCCUGGAUCGAACGAAUGUUGUCCAGAGUAUGCUUGCUCGAUGGACUCUGACACGUCAACUCCUUGACGCUGGGGUUCUCCAACCGGGAGAGUCAACCAGUGAUGACUCAGAGUUCGAGUUCCUAUUCCGUAACAUGUGGGCAGACAACGCGGACAUUGUCUCCAAAUCCUACUCGGGCACUGGAGCCCUGAAGACUGACUUCACUCGAACUGGGGAGCGGACAAAGGCUGGUAUUCUCCAAGAUGGCAGAAACUCCGUCACCAGAUACGUCCUCAACAACUUCCUGGAUGGCCCAAAACAAGACGCAUUUGACCUGUUCCUUGGCGCCUAUCUCCUUCCCGACCCUAAUCCUGGAGAUAGUCUCCUUUUGGCAGAUCAAAGGCCCUUGGCUAUUCGAUCGGUCCCAUAUAUUCUCGGCGCCAGCAUCUUCAUGAUUUCUGUCUCUCUAAUCAGUCGCCGUCUCCCGGACUCUGCAGCUUGGCCCUUGAGAAUAUUUCUUAUAGUUUGGCUAGUGAUUGCGGCCUGGUGUGUGCGAUUCAUAUAUAGCCAUGGAAUGCUUUAUGUAAAUUGGCCUAAGCUCAACACCCCUGCAGCAGCCGCUGAGGGUUACUUGGAUGCACUGGGCCGUGCGCGAAACGAUAAAAUUAUUGGCCAAUUCAUCAACACUGGAAGACAUCAGCGCGGAUUCAGCAAUGCACGUGUUGGAUACAUGGAGGAGGGAAAGACAAGAAUCGAAUAGAAAUUAUUAUUUACCUGCUAAGUAACCACAUACAUAAUUUUCGUUAUACAUUAUCCCCUCAGCUUGUUUCGAUUUCUGAAAUGGCCUAUUUAUAUCCAGUGUAUAUGUAUGUAUUCUUCCUCUUGCCGACCGUUUUUGCACCCACACUAUUCUCACUAUUCUCCCUUUAAUCCAUUCCAGGCAAUGUUUCAUAUAACAACUAUCGCCUUUGUGGAGGAGGUGAAAUUAGUUUGUAUUACAUCUUUUAAUUUAGAGGGAUGGGUCUGUAUUCUUGCUGUUUUGGUAUACUUGUUUUGUGCUUUUCGAACUGAUGUUUCCAUCCAUUGCCACCAACAUUCACCCAUAAAAGUCAGUGAACAAACUCAAAUUUAUUUAUAGAUAAUAAUUCUACUGGCUUUGUUACAUGAUGUUACUUGUUGGUUAUCUCUGCAGGACAGAGUAAUUAAUGCAUGUGUGAAGAUUAACAUUGGUUGGUGCCUUCGAC